CGGAGGGGGCGGGCGCUGGGAUCCCCAAGGUCUCCGCCCCGGAAAGCGGGGCUUCGGUACUCUUUAUAAAGCGCGGAGCCUGGGGCACCGGCUGCAGCCGCCUGCCGCCGGCCAUGAGCUCCAACUCGGACGCCGUCCCGGACCCCGAGGCCCAGCAGCCGCCUGCGCACCGCCGCCGCGUCUGUGUCCCGCUGCCCUGGGCCCUGAGUGUCGCGCUGGUGCUGUUCGCCGCCGCCGGCGCGGCGUACAUCAUCCGCACCUGGGUGGUGCCCCGAGGCUUCGCUUCGCUGGGCCCCAGCCCGGCGCCCGACUCCAGACUCCCCGAGGUCCCCGAGGUCCUUCCCGAGGUCCUUCCCGACGCCCGCGCCCGCCUCCCCGACUCCACGCAGGGCGAGGGCUUGUUCGCGCAGCUGGUGGCUCGAGACGUGCUGCUGACUGACGGUCUCCUAAACUGGUACAGCGAACCUGGCUUGAAAGGUGUGUUCUUGGCACCUGGCCUGAGCUAUGAUGGGCACACGCAGGAGCUGGUGGUGGCUGAGGCUGGCAUCUACUAUGUCUUCUUGCACCUGGAACUGCAACGUGUCCUGGCCAGCGCUGGCUCUGGCUCUGUCUCCAUUGCCCUGCACCUGCAGUCGCUGGGUGCAGGGGGUGCAGGGGCUGCAGCUCUGGCCCUAACCUUGGACCUGCCAUCUCCAUCCUCUGAAGCUCGGGACUCAGCAGCUGGUUUCCGGGGUGGCCUGCUGCACCUCAGUGCUGGCCAGCGCCUGGGUGUCUACCUCAAGGCUGCAGCUGGGGUGCAACCUGCCUGGCAGCUUGCACAAGGUGCCACCGUCUUCGGCCUCUACUGUGUGUCCACCAAGGUCCCCAUUGGACUCCACUCCUGACAGCCUUCGUGAGGCAGGACAGACUUCAUGAGGCAGGCAGGGUUGCCACCCCCCGUAGGGAGACUGAAGCCUGCCUUGCUUUCUUGGGGCCUCCGGCAAUGGGCUCUGGCUUUUCUACCUCACCAGGCUGGGCAGGCUUUCUGGCUGCUGACCCCCUUCUCAAGGACUCUUCUGGUUCCUCUGUCACUCCUGCUCCAAGUCAAACCCUUGGUAUUUAUUAUGAGCCUGAGCUUGGACAACAAACUUUAUAUUAAUAUAUUGAACUUAUAUUUAUUGAUCACCUACUACAUGGCAGUUACUGUGUAGGGCUGGAGAAACACCAGCCCACAAAAUAGACCCCCCCCAAAAAUCCUUAUUUAUGUUAAUAUGUGAGAAAUAAAGACUCACGUCUAGCCCCUCUCUGGGAUUUGUGGGCUAGCUUUUGGGGAUUCGCAGAAUUCUUUGUUGUAUGAGUUUAAUUCAUUCAUGCAACUUGCAUUUUGAGCAUCUACUGUGUGUCAGGCACUGUUUUAGGUGUUGUGGACACAGCUGUGAACAAGACAGACCAAAACCCAGCUUUCACCAAGCUGACGUCUCUUGGGCUGGGUUGACUCUGUGACUGUGAUUGUGUGCGACUUGUGGCGGCUGGGCCAGGGGCACACUGACAGAUGGAGCGUGGCACUGGGUAAUAAAAUGGAAACUUAAUGAUAACUGUGUGGGGGCCAUUUACUGUGUGCCAGACAGUGUUAUUUGAGACUCGUAACCACCCUAUGCUUUAAGGAUUUUGUUAUUUCCAUUGUACCGUUAUACGGGCUCUUGAGGUUAUUUUCCUCUAUUGUAAGUGCACAGUGGAAAUACUGCAGAAUGCAGCUGUGCAGGACAUCGCUCGUCAGCUCUGUUCCGUGACAUCACACCAAUAACUUAAUAUCAGCCGUGGGAUCAGCAGAUCCCAAGUCGGGGCUUGAUUUAUCGUCUGUUGGUCAUCCAGACUUGAAUGAUGGAGGAAUUGAUUUUAAACACAUAGACAUGACUUAAAACUGGGUCUUGUCAUCACCAAUUACGUUGUGAAUAACACACACACACACACACACACACACACACACACACACAUCAAGGGAGUCUUCUCGUCUGGUGUUUUCCAACCAUUAUCUGGUUCUGUGAAGAGGCUGCUCAGGUCAUGCACAAGCAAGUGAAGUGUGGGCAUGUAUCUUUGGUUCGUUUUAUCUUAGUCUUUAAAGGAAAGUACUGUCUAUAUCUCCUUGUUUGUCACUUGUGCCUAGGGUUGGCUGGAUGUACAAGAGUGAUGAAAGUUAGGGUAUUCUGUAAGAACCAACUGACUAUGUAGAGUUUUCAAUAAAGAAUAUUUUUAUUUUAUCUGUCA